AUGGCAAACUCCUCUAGUUUUGUUAACCUAUUAGCCAGCAAAGGGCCAGUUGACCUUGACUCAUCAGAACCUCUUUGGUUUAGCAGCCAAUGUCCUGAUGAGAUUAGUGUCAAAGAGAGGAGAAAAUGGUCACCCAAGGAGGAUAUAAUCCUCAUUGGUGCUUGGCUCAACACCAGCAAAGAUCCAAUAGUGAGUAAUGAACAAAAAGCUGGUGCCUUCUGGAAGAAGAUUGUAGAGUACUACAACUCCAGUCCUCUCCUGGUUGGGACAACCACAAGAGAACAUGGGCAAUGCAAGCAAAGAUGGGCUAGGAUCAAUGAUUUGGUCUGUAAGUUUGUUGGCUGCUACGAGAUGGCACUGAGGAAGCAGAGAAGCGGGAAAAAUGACAACGAUCUUAGGCAUGAUGUGAAAUGGUGCUCCGCCUAUCUGGAGAAGGACUGUGCUAAGGAAAAGCGCAAACCAGUGGAUUCUGUUGAUGGUCAAGGGGCAGUGCCAGAGCUAGAAGAGAGACCAAUAGGGCUUAAGGCUGCUAGCAAGAGGAAGAAAACUGGAAAAGAAGAAGAAUUGGCAAAGCUAGAAGGAAUGUUGGAGAUCAAAAAACAAAUCUCAAAGCAAAGUUUGCUAGACCGUUUGCUUGCAAAGCCCGAGCCACUCUCUGAGAUGGAAUUAGCUCUCAAAAUGAAACUUAUGUCUGAAAUGUUGUGUGAUGAUUGA